AUGUUUGUUCCAGAAUCAGCUAUUAAGAUCCUAACAACCUACAUUCCUAAAGAACAUAUGCAAGAUUACUUUGCAUGGAAGGGAUCUAGGCAUGGGGGUUUCCAGGUUAAGGAUGCUUAUGUAUUCCUUCUAGGGCUGCGAGGAAGUCUUGAACCCAAUAAUACUAAAAGGAGAUUUUGGAGUAAACUUUGGGCUUCUGACCUUAGACCCAAAUGGAAAGUUUUUAUCUGGAGGCUUCUCCAGAGAGCCCUAGCCGUCAAGUGCAACUUAGUAAAGCGCAAUAUUGCCAUCAGUGUUAACUGCAGCAUGUGUAAUUAUUCUCCAGAGGACGAAAGACACCUAUUCAGAGAUUGUGAUGUCUCUUCUCGAAUAUGGUCUGCCUCGGUUCUGGGCAUUAACACUAGAUCAAGUGUAUAUAUUCCGAUUGACGACUGGAUCCGGAAUUUCUUAUUGCUCUUUUGGAAGGAAGAUGGGUUAAAAUCUGAAAGGGUAGGAGAGUUUGUUACUACUCUCUGGUCAAUAUGGCUUUAUCGCAACAAUAUUGUGUUUAAUAAUCUUGCUGCACAUCCGGUAGACAUUCUUAUUAAGAAGAAAAUUCUUCUCGAAGAAUUUGAUGAAAGCAACAAAAUAACAAGACAGCAGCUUAAGAGGGGAUUAGUUGAAUAUGAUGCUCAACAAAGGGUCCCACCUCUUCUUUAUCUAGAUCAACCAGCAGUGUGCUUAGUUUUGGUGGAUGGAUCUUGGAAGAGACAUAAGCUACAUUUUCCAAAAGCAGGCAUAGGGUGGACGGGUUAUAUGAACGGAGAAAAGAUAUUGGAAGGGAAUGCCAUAGUUUCAGCUUCUUCUUCUACAAACUGA